GUAGACGCAGUGUGGGACUUACAGGUCGAGUUAGCAAUAAAAUUCGUCAAAAUUAAUCAUUAUAAUAAAAGUAUGGUACGUGGACCGCUUCGAGGCGGCAGGCCUAUGCGCGGUGGCAUUCGGCCGCCCUUCAAGAAAGCAUUUGUACCUCGUCAUCCUUUUGAUAUAACUUUGGCCGAAGUUGUGUUUCCCAGAGUCUCGCCGGCUGUGGAUGAUUCUGCCUUGACUGCGGCCCUAUUGAAACGCAACCAAGAUCUUAGUCCAACUCCGGCCGAGCAGACGGCAAUUGGAAACUUGGUAACUAAGGUGCAAGCUGUUUUAGAUAACUUGGUCGUUGCGCCAGGCGAUUUCAAUACUUGUCAAUUGGAAGAAGUGCGGCAAGUUGGAUCUUUCAAAAAAGGCACUAUCCUCACUGGAAACAAUGUGGCAGAUGUUGUAGUUAUCCUUAAAACACUGCCCACUAAAGAAGCUUGCGAAGCACUGGCCAAGAAGGUGGAGACUGACUUAAAAAAUAGCAUGAAAACCGAAGUGUUGACCAAGGAUGAACAACACACCAUACAAAUACACGAUAGAGGCUUCGAUGUGUCCAAUUUGCAAGCCAAAGUGCGCAUUCUUAUUUCCACAUUGCCGCAGAACAUCCGUAAACUCGAACCGGAAAUACAUUUGGAUCAUAAGUUGAUGCAGAGUCAUUUAGCGGCAAUACGUCAUACUCGCUGGUUCGAGGAGAAUGCUCACCAUUCCUCAAUUAAAGUUCUCAUACGUAUUUUAAAGGAUCUGACGAAGCGAUUUGAACCCUUUUCACCCCUCUCCGCCUGGAUGCUUGAUUUGAUUGCCCAUCUGGCAAUAAUGAAUAAUCCAUCGCGACAAGCGUUGCCUAUCAAUUUGGCAUUUCGUCGUGUGUUUCAAUUGCUGUCUGCUGGACUUUUUCUUCCAGGAUCGGCGGGUAUAACCGACCCAACCGAGCCGGGUCACAUUCGGGUCCACACAGCCAUGUCUCUCGAGCAGCAGGACGUAUGCUGCUAUACGGCUCAAACGCUACUGCGGGUAUUAGCCCACGGUGGAUACAAGCACAUACUGGGAAUGGAAGGUAACACAAGCAUUGUGCGCGAAAUGUCCGUAUGGAAUGGAGUAGUUGUAUCGCCGCUAAAACCCGUAUAUGAGAAACCGCCCGACAAAAAGGAAGGUGAUCUUGAGGAAGAUAUUGAAAUGAUCGAGAAUGAAAUCGAGGAUGUAGGCAGCGACGACGCAGCUGAAUAAACUGGUCAAUAGGAAUUUUAUUACAUUUUUUAUUAACAAACUUAAUCAAUAAACGUCGCUGACUUAUGGUAUCAGCAUAUUCUCA